AUGAGGGAUAUGGAUAAGGAUUUUAAAGUUUCCCCUCGGAGGAGUAAUUGGAUUCUUCUAAUCGCGGCUCUUGGAUUUACCGGCUACUCUGCUUACACACUUUAUCACCUACCUUCAAUCUCUCGAAAGAGAGCUAAGAUCUCCAAAUUCUUUGCGGCUUUAUCUUCUGCUGCCACCGCAUUUUCUGAUUCCGCUGACUGUGUCGCUACUCUUUCUAAAGAUUUAAAGGAGUUUCUUCAUUCCGAUUCCGAUGAAAUCCCUCAGAGUUUAAAGCAAAUCUCUAAACUCGCCCGAUCUGACGAGAUCUCCGAUUCUUUAACUCGUCUCUCCAAGGCCAUAACUCUGGGAGUUUUGCGAGGUUACGACCAGUACUCACGAGGCGGUGAUAAGGAGAAGGAGAAUGAGAAUGAGAAAUCGAGUGAUUUUACGGAUAGAAUUAUGGAGAAGCUUUGUAGUGAAUCUGGGUGUGGGUUUGUUUCUGUUGUAGUUGGGAGUUUCGCUAGAAAUUUAGUGAUGGCGUUAAUGGAGGAGAGUAAAUCUGGGAGUAGUUUAGUGGAGGGAUGGAUGAUGGGAGUGGUAUACGAUGAGAAAAGCAAGGAAUUAAUGGGGGAGUUAAUUAGAAUGUUCGUGAGCUCGGCGAUAUCUGUUUAUCUUGAGAAGACGAUGGAAAUCAACACGUUCGAUCAAAUAUUCUCGGGCCUAACAAAUCCGAAGCACGAAAAAGAAAUGAGAGAGAUGUUGGUUUCUAUUUCCAACGGUGCAGUGAAGACAUUGAUCAGAACAUCUCAUCAAGUGUUGUUGGGCCAAGGCCCAGGUAAAAAAGUAGAGGAGUUUGAGGAUAUGGAAAUGGGCCUGAAGCCCAAAAUGGAAAUUGGAAAACGGCCCAGAAAUGGAGGGUCAGGGUGGGGGAAGAACAAGAAAGUGAUUGUGAAUUUGACAGGGAGGAUGACAUUUGAAAUGGUGAGAUCGUUUAUAGAAGUAUUGUUGGAGAAGAUAUAUGAAGGAAUGAAACGAAGUGUGGAUAUAGUGAAUGAGGAAGUGAUUGAGAGAGGGCUGGAAAUUGUAAGGUAUGUAGCUUCAAAGACCUCUGUAAUUGCUACUAUUUGUCUCUCCUUAUGCUUCCAUGUUCUUGACACAACUUCAUGGUUCUUGCUCGCAUAUUAG